CGCCACCCAGCGGGGGAUAGGUCAAAAGUUCGUGAGAUGCCCCUACAGCUCAAAACGUCGCCAAUCUUGAAUGGAAGUUCUGCAAUUUCAGAAUUUGCUGCAAGCUAGCUGGGUUGUUUGAACUUGGCAGUUGCUCGAGGCAGUUUCGCGCCAUGUCCAGCUCAGACGAGAAUGAAUUUCCGUUGGUGAAAUAUGGAACACCCCUGGAAGAAAUCGAGGAAACUGACAUUCCAAAGAAACCAAUUGCUGUUCAUGAGCAAGUUGUUACUGAUGAGCAAGGACGUCGUCGUUUCCAUGGAGCUUUUACUGGAGGAUUUUCAGCAGGAUAUUACAACACCGUCGAUACUAAAGAAGGAUGGAAGCCUAGCACAUUCAAAUCUUCCCGAAGUGAUCGAACAAAAAAGCAAAAUUAUGCUCCGGAAGAUUUCAUGGAUGAUGAGGACAAAUCAGAGUAUGGUAUCGCUCCAGAGAAGAUUGUACCACAGAGUAUCUUCUCAGAUACAAAGAAAGAUCAGCAAUCACUCAAACGAAAGGAAAAUUUUACAAAUAAUGCAACUAUGCUCCUUGGCCUUAAUAUGCUAGAAUCAUUGAUUGUCCCCGUUAGUAACAACAUUGGUGUUAAACUCCUUCAAAAAAUGGGUUGGAAACCAGGUCAGGGUAUUGGACCAAAAGUGAAGAGACCAAAAACGACUGAUUUUAUAACGGAGAAUAUAACUUUUGCACCUGAAGAUACUGUGCCGAUGAGUUUUAUUGCAAAAACUAAUAUAUUUGGUUUGGGAUAUACAGGAAUGGAUCCAAAACUCGCCUUGCAUGAUAAAAAGAAAAAAUCGUCCGCCAUUUCAUUGCGAACAAAAUCUGGAGCAAAGCUAUCAUUUGCUGGUCAGGCAUUUGGUGUAGGAGCUUAUGAAGAUGAAGAUCAAGAUAUAUAUGCACAAGAUAGUAUGGCCAACUAUGAUAUGGAAAUGGGAGAAGAGAAACAAGACAAUUCUUAUGGAUGGACCAAGCCAACUAAAGCAAUUGAAGGUGCCAAAGCUUACGAUUCAAUCAUGUACAUAAAGAAAGCAUUGGAAGGAUUUAAAAAAGCUGAGAAACUUGUCAAAAGAAAAGUUUAUCCACCUCCUUUACUUCCACCAGACUACAACCCUCAUAAACGUUUAGAACUUUUACAAAAAAGUCAGAAAAUUAGAGCAGUUGUAUCUUCAAAUAUAAACUUUAUUCAAAACUUAUCGAAUCAAGAUGACAAAUUUAAUAGACUAGAUCCAAACCAACGUGGAGAACUGCUUGGAGAAGAAGGAAAUCAAACGGAAAAAUCUGACCAAAAUAAGGACCCGAAAUCAGUGUUUUCUCUUAUUUCUUCGAGAGAUCGGGAAAGACUGGAAAGGGCAAAAUUGGGAAAGCAGCAAGUAAAUGAGCCGGAUAGAUCAAAAAGAUCGGCUUUGUACGAACCUUUUGCGUCCAAUCCUGCGAAACAAGGAAGAUAUGAGGAAUAUUUAUCACUUCUGAAAGAUAAAAAACCUGAUCCUUAUUCUAAAAUCGAGCAUGAUCCGAACAUGACAGAAUGGGAACGAGAACGAGAAAAAGAAGAAUUUACAAAGGCAUCCAGAUUUUUUCAACCUUUAUCUGCAACAAUGUCAUCAAGAUUCACAUCUGAAUCUGAAGAAUUAAAAUAUGAAAAUGAGAAAGAAGAUUCUCAAAAGAAAGCUUGCAAAAAUGAAAAUGUUCGGAUUAUAACUAGGGAAUGUGUGGAAUGGCACCCUGAUCCACUUCUAUGUAAAAGAUUCAACGUACCGAAUCCGUAUCCCAACUCUGACAUUGUUGGUAUACCUGGUUCAAAUUCUGAUCGUACGCUCGAGAUGUUUCUGCAUCCUGAUGAUUUUAAAAGAAAAAAGAAUUCUAAUUUAUCUCAAGUGAAGCCUAUCGCUUACAAAGAUGUUUCUGAAUCCCAAGCUAAGGCAACUGGUAUUAUUAGUGACACUAAAAAUCCACCUACGUUUAAUAAACUUUCCGAAAAGUGUUUCAAGAUGGGACAAGAAGCUCCAGCACAAGGCCCCGGAACUAAAUCAUGAAAAUUCAUCUUCAAAUGAAUUUGAAAAAGCACAUGUACCCAAUGAAGUACCAGAUAGCUUAAAAGAAUUAUCUACAGAAUUAAAGAAAGAAAAUGAACAACAAGUAGAAAGACCCUCAAUGGAAUUGUUUAAAGCAAUAUUUGAAAAUUCCGACGAAUCAUCAGAAUGAAGAUAGUGACUCAGAAAAUGAUAAUUUACAAACUAAAAAUGACAAACCAAACACUGCUACACUUCUAGGACAAUUUCAAAAGCCGGUAGUGGACAAUUCAGUUUUAAAUGAUUCUUUAGGUCUCGACAGAGCAUACAUCGCCCAAAUAUCUG